GUCAGUGGCAGUACCACGGCCGUCCUGCUGAGUUGGGCCAGAGAGUGAGCAUCUCCCCCAUCCCUGCGACCGCCACAGUCUGUUUAAAGAGCGGAAUAGCAACACUUAUGUGCCACAAGUCAACUCGGCACCCUCAUGCGGUUUUUGAAUGACUAAAACACCUAAGACAUGUCUUCAUCCGUGAGCGGGACAGAGGAGGUGCGCGUUUCGGCGUUGACGCCCCUGAAGUUGGUGGGGCUGCUUUGCGUCUUCCUCGCGCUGUGCUUGGACGUGGGCGCCGUGCUCAGCCCGGCUUGGGUCACGGCGGACGACCAGUUCUACCUGUCCUUGUGGGAGUCCUGCUGGAAGCCAGUCAGCUCGGCGGAGUGGUCCUGCAACAGCACACUUGCCACCGACUGGCAGAUCGCCACGCUGGCCUUGCUGCUGGGAGGGGCCGUGCUCACCCUGCUCUCCCUUGUCGUGGCGCUAAUGUCCCUGUGCUGCAGUUCCAGGAGUCGAUGCUACAAGCCUGUUGCCAUCAUGCUUUUCUCCGCAGUGGUGCUCCAGACUUGCAGCCUGGUCUUGUUCCCCAUCAAAUUCAUCGAGGCAGUCACUUUGAGGGUGUACCACGAGUUCAACUGGGGCUACGGCCUGGGAUGGGGAUCUACCAUCUUUUCCUUUGGAGGGGCCAUCCUCUAUUGCCUCAAUUCCAAGAACUAUGAAGACUACUAUUAGGAAGAAGGAGGGGAAGUGGAACAUGAUGCCGUCUUGAACUUUCGGUCACACUGCAUGACCACGGGCAUAAUAACAAAAACACAGUCCUAUGAGAACCUUAUUCCAAACUAUAUGCUCGCCCACAUUCCGUCUUUAGGAUUUUGAAUGAAAACAGAUAGGGAAAAGAAUCCCAAAUCAACUUUUGGAAGCUGAGAGCAUCACUCAGACACACUUUGUAAACUAAAGUAUUCGGUAUUUGGUAAUUGAAAAGAAUAAAAUAAGAAAUUAGUCAUAACUUUUGCAGAUAUAAGACCCACCAUUUUUGAAUGAAUUGAUACAAUAUUAUGUUGGUGUGUGUCCAUUUGUGUCUUGAGGUCAGGAUUUUGUGUAAAUUCUUCCCAACCAAUUGCACCCACUCAUCAUGGGGAAAAAAAGGAAAAGGCCCAACUUCAAGCUGUUCCCACAAGACCGGAAUCAUAUAAUUGUCAAAAAUGUACUGUAUUUGUUAAAUGAUAAAUUCAGACUGUAGGAGACGAGUUCAACCCUGUUGAUAAGGAAGACGUGUGUAUGUGCAUUUGUAUCUGCAUAUUUUUCCAGCUUCCCCUUUAAGUGGAGCUACUGAAGGUUUUGGAAUCAAGCAGGCAAUCUGUAGAAAACAGAUGGAUCCAUUGACCCCAUGUUGAUGAUAAAUGGGUGGAUUGAAUAAACCAAUCAGAGUGAAGGUAGAAAAUAACAGGAGAAAAUCAAGUCAAUUCCCUAAUCAGAGAAUUAAUGGCCCUAGGAAGGAAAAUGUCCUAUUGAGAUGACAUCCUGAGGACGUCACAAAUAAAGGGAGACUCAGACAAAACAAGGCGCACCCAAGGAAAUGCCACAUUCCUUUUCUCAAAUGGUUUGACGGCUUUCCCCCAUUUGCUAUGAUGUUGUAUUUUGAUGUUAAAAAUCUGAGAGUGGGAAGGAAGUUGGUAGAUGAUCAUGAGUGCAAGAUCAUCCAAUUACGCACCUCAUGUGAUGCCUCCUUGAGUGUGUGCUGCAUUUGUCAAAGAGGAUCUUUGUAGUUGUGUAUUAAUGUAUUGUAUUAAUGUACUGUGUAUAGUUGUUGAUGACACUGUUGUACAAAAUAGAUCAAAGCUAAGUGCAUGAAGUUUGUGUGAUAAAUAAACUUUACUUUCAAUAUGUUACUUUCCAUUAUUGUUGAUCAUUGCUAAAACUAAACUAUUGACAUAAAUGUCACUGCCACUGCUAUAUACAGUGCUGGCCAAAAGUAUUGGCACCUCUGCAAUUUUGUCAGAUAAUGCUCAUAUUCUCCCAGAAAAUGAUUGCAAUUACAAAUGCUUUGGUCUUCAUUUAUUUCACUUGCAGUGAAAAAACCCAAAAGAGAAUGGAAAAAAAUGAAAUCAUUAUCAUUUUACACAAAACUCCAAAAAUAAAAAGUAUUGGCACCCUUUGAAAAAUCAUGUGACGCUUCUCUAAUUUGUUUAAUUAACAGCACCUGUUACUUACCUGUGGCACAAACAGGUGGUGGCAAUAACUAAAUCACACUUGCAGCCAGUUAAAAUGGAUCAAAAUUGACUCACCGUCUGUCCUGUGUGAUUGUGUGUACCACAUUAAGCAUAGAGAAAAGAAAGAAGACCAAAGAACUGUCUGAGGACUUGAGAAGCAAAAUUGUGAGGAACCAUGGGCAAUCUCAAGGCUACAAGUCCAUCUCCAAAGACCUGAAUGUUCCUGUGUCUACCGUGCGCAGUGUCAUCAAUAAGUGUAAAGCCCAUGGCACUGUGGCUAACCUCCCUAGAUGUGGACAACAAUAAGUGUAAAGCCCAUGGCACUGUGGCUAACAUCCCUAGAUGUGGACGGGAAAAAAAAUUGACGAGAGAUUUCACCGAAAGAUUGUGCGGAUGGUGGUUAAAGAACCUCCACUAACAUCCAAAUAAGUUCAAGCUGUCCUGCAGUCCGAGGGUACAACAUUAUCAACCCAUACCAUAAGUUGGCGUCUGGAAGAAAAGGGACUCCAUGGUAGGAUACCCAGGAAGACCCGACUUCUGACUCAGAGACAUAAAAAAGCCAUACUGGAGUUUGCCAAAACUUACCUGAAAAGGCCAAAAACCUUUUGGAAGAAUGAUCGCUGGUCUGACGAGACAAAGGUAGAGCUUUUUGGGAAAAGGCAUCAACAUAGAGUUUACAGCGAAAAAACGUGGCCUUCAAAGAAAAGAACACGGUCCCCACAUUCAAACAUGGUGAAGGUUCCCUGAUGUUUUGGGGUUGCUUUGCUACUUCUGGCACUGGACUGCUUGACCGUAUGCAUGGCAUUAGAAAGUCUGAAGACUACCAACAAAUUUUGCAGCAUAAUGUAAGGCCCAGUGUGAGAAAGCUGGGUCUCCCUCAGAGGUCAUGGGUCUUCCAGCAGGAUAAUGACCCAAAACACACUUCAAAAAGCACUACAACAUGGUUUGAGAGAAAGCACUGGAGACUUCUAAAGUGGCCAGCAAUGGGUCCAGACCGGAAUCGAAUAGAAAACCUGUGGAGAGAUCUGAAAAUAGCAGUUUGGAGAAGGUACCCUUCAAAUCUCAGAGACCUGGAGCAGGUUGGCCAAAGAUUGGUGUAAAAUUCCAGCAGAGCAUUGUAAGAAACUCAAUGAUGGAUACCGGAGGCGGUUGUUCACAGUUGUUUUGUCUAAAGGUUCUAAUACCAAGUAUUAUGCUGAGGGUGCCAAUACUUUUGUCUGGCCCAUUUUUGGAGUUUUGUGUAAAAUGAUAAUGAUUUAAUAUUUUUUUUCAUUCUCUUUUGUAAGCAAAAUAAACAAAGAUAUUA